GUUAAAGAGACGGUACGUGAACGAGUCUUGACAAUAGCAGAACAUGAAAUCAACGUUACAAAAAUGGUUGCUUCCAAAAUAUGUAGAAUGUUAUUUAAAAUAUAUUGCAAGUGUAACGAAAUAGUUAUAAUUAUUUUAUUAUUUCUCUUGCAUUCUCUUUACAAACUGUGCUUUUUACAUAAAUUUAAGAAGGCGAGAUUUUAUUACAAUUUCUUUAUUUAUUCCGUAACAUGGCUCGCAGUUUGUUCAUUGUAUUAUCCUAUUUUCAAGCUGAGAGGAAGGAAUCUUGAAAAUGCAUGGGAACUCUUGGGAGUGUUCGAAUAUUUGGGUGAACGUAUUCUAGGAUUACAGAUAACUGUACGUAAUUCUAAAGUGUUGAUGAAGGACCAAGCCGCUGUUAUUAUAACAAAUCAUCAGUCAUCUUUAGAAAUGCAACUUUUCUUACAGAUUUGGCGCAAAACAAUAACUAAACUCAUUGGUGUAACAAAAAAAGAAGUACGGUAUAUAUUUCCAUUUGGAAAUGUCCAUCACUUAAUGGGUACAAUGUUUGUAAGUAGAGAUAAGGGUGGAAUUAACGAUAUGGACAAGGUUGGGAUAGAAGUUGUCAAAGAGAAGGCAAAAGCUUUAAUAAUGCCCGAAGGCACAAGAAAUCGUAAUAGAGAAAUUAUGCUGCCAUUCAAAAGAGGAGCUUUUCAUAUGGCAAUAAAGUCGCAGAUACCAAUCAUACCCGUCACUACAUCACCAUUUUAUUUUAUUGAUUACGAUAAACCGUCAUUCGAACAACCUCGAGUAAUAAUGCAAGUGCUAGAUGAAGUGUCUACAGUAGGCCUCACCUUGAACGACGUUACAGAGCUGAAAGAAAGAGUACAAAAACAAAUGUGGGAGACGUAUCAAAAACUGUACCAUGAAUGUAUGGGACAAGAUAAAAACCAAGAUAAUGAUGAAUACGACUGCAAUGGAUAUACCAUUGUAGAAUAAUGUAUAAAAUAAAUAUUGAUGAUUUCAUAUUAAUGUAUUUAUGAUCC